AUGGAGAAGUCAGUCCCAUUUGAGGACCCUAAAGGAUCUCAAACAACUGAGAUUCUGUGUGGCUGUGGCAGUGAAAAGGUCUACCUUGGAUUGCCUCUUAAGCAUUUGGGUUUGUACCUCAGGAAGAUGACGAGUUGCAGGGUCAGGACGAGGAGCGUUUCUGAAUGGAGCAUUGGAGGAAGGCGGAUCUGCUGGCAGGAAAGGCGCUUGGGAGGAAGGUGA